AUGGUUUAUCUGAUAAAUCUAGGAAGAGGAGUGAAGGAUGCAAUCAAAGAUGGUGGCAAUUAUGUUGGGGGAGCAAUUGGACCCAAACUUAAGUCUGUUUUUGAAUCAAUGGGCUACACAACUGCAGAUAAUCUAACUCCGGAAAUCCCAACUGUGCCUGAUGUGCCAAAGUUUUAA